AUGAGUGACGCUCAGGCAAAUGAGGCCGAGAAGAAUAUCGAGAUAUGGAAGGUGAAAAAAUUGAUUAAGCGCCUCGAAGCUGCGCGUGGAAAUGGAACCUCCAUGAUUUCUCUUAUUAUUCCGCCAAAGGAUCAAGUCUCCCGUGCGGCGAAGAUGUUGGCAGAAGAAUACGGUACCGCAUCGAACAUCAAGUCUCGUGUAAAUCGACAAUCCGUUCUUUCUGCUAUCACGUCUACCCAACAAAGAUUGAAGUUGUAUAACAAAGUCCCGCCCAAUGGAUUGGUUGUUUACUGUGGUGAAAUUUUGACAUCGGAAGGAAAGGAAAGAAAGGUCAACAUCGAUUUCGAGCCCUUCAAGCCCAUCAACACAUCUCUCUACCUUUGCGACAACAAAUUCCACACGGAAGCUCUUGCUGAAUUGUUGGAGUCUGACCAGAAGUUCGGCUUCAUCAUCAUGGACGGAAAUGGAGCCCUCUUCGGUACAUUGAGUGGAAACACCAGAGACGUUGUUCACAAGUUUUCUGUCGAUUUGCCAAAGAAGCACGGACGUGGUGGACAAUCUGCUCUUCGUUUCGCGCGUCUUCGUGAGGAAAAGCGUCACAACUACGUCAGAAAGGUUGCCGAAUUAGCUGUACAGAACUUCAUUACAGCAGAUAAAGUCAACGUAGCUGGUAUUAUCUUGGCUGGUUCUGCCGACUUCAAGAACGAUCUCAACCAGUCUGACUUGUUCGACAACCGUUUGGCUACAAAGGUUAUCAAAGUUGUUGAUGUUUCUUAUGGUGGUGAGAACGGAUUCAAUCAAGCUAUUGAGCUUUCAGCCGAGACACUUAGCAAUGUCAAAUUCAUCCAGGAGAAGAAGCUCAUUGGAAAGUACUUUGAGGAGAUCAGUCAAGACACAGGACGAGUUUGUUAUGGUGUUGAGGAUACUUUGAAGGCUCUGGAACUAGGUGCUGUUGAGGUCUUGAUCGUUUUUGAGAACCUCGAGAUCAACCGUUGGGUGUUGAAGGAUAGCAAUGGUGUCCAAACAAUUCUUCAUACUACUAAGCAAUCCGAGGCCUCAAACCGAGAACAAUUCAUGGACAAGGAGACUGGCCAAGAAAUGGAAGUCGUUUCCUCGGAAUCGUUCUUGGAAUGGAUCGCCGAGAAGUACAGAGAUUUCGGAACAACAUUAGAGUUUGUCUCGGACAGAUCCAGUGAGGGUAACCAAUUCGUUAAGGGUUUUGGUGGUAUUGGUGGCCUCUUGCGCUACAAGGUCAAUUUUGAGCAAUUGGCCGAAGUUGAUGACGAUGAUGACUACUACGACGAUUGA